AAGCGUGUUGCGCAUGUGCAGCCGCAGCACCGGGUUGCUCGAUCACGUGGUUGAGUCAAAAUGGCAGCGCCCUACUCGACCUUCCGCGGAUUGUUGUUGCUAAGGCGCCUCGCUCCAGUUCGAGUGGCGGCCGCACCCCCGCGGAGAGGCUACGGCGCGCGCGUGUCCGAGAGCGGCGAGAGCGUGACGCACACGGGACAGGUUUAUGAAGAAAAUGACUACAGGAAGGUUCGAUUUGUUGCUCGACAGAAGGAGGUAAAUGAGACCUUUGCUAUUGACUUAAUAGCAGAGCAGCCUGUGAAUAAAGUUGAAAGCCGAGUGAUAUCAUGUGAUGGUGGUGGUGGAGCUCUGGGACAUCCUAAAGUGUACAUAAAUUUGGACAAAGAUACAAAAACUGGAACAUGUGGUUACUGUGGACUUCAGUUUAAACAGAAACAUCACCACUGAAAGAUCAUCCCUUCAUGCCCUGCAGAAUUCUGUCAGAAUUUGUGUUAAAAUAUUAACAAUAAAUGAAAUUUAAAAGCUCAAA